AUGGGACUGUUGCCUAACGGCGUCUUCGGUGACAUGGGCAGCGACGACAACACCGAGAUGUCCACGCACGCGACGGCUUUAGCAUCGGCCGGUACCCGCCCACUCACGUUCGUUGACGUCAAUCUGGCCUUCAACGGCUCCGUCAUGGCCAACAACAGCUACACGAGCCGCACGACCGAGGGCGUCGUGAGCAGCGGCACCGCCGACCUCGUCAGCUUCGUGCGCCUGUACCUGUCGAACCCGGACCUGGUGGAGCGCUUCCAGAACGACUGGCCGCUCAACUCGGCCAUCAACGCCGAGUACUUCUGGGACGCCUCCAAGGGCGACGAGUGCUACCAUACGUUCAAGCCGUACCAGCCCACAAGCGGCAAGCCCAAGCACGUGCGAACAGUCAAGUCGCCGGCAGCCACCACCAGGAGCACUAGCCAGCGUCCCUCCGUGUCCGCUGCGAUAGAGAACUACAACUUCUUCACGCCGCUACAGCUGGCCGACGGCCUUGUGCUCAAGAAACGCAUCGUGUACGGCCCCACGCGCGCGCGUUCGGACCCGGUCUCGCACGUGCCGCUGGAGCGCAACAUUCAGUACUACGAGCAGCGCGCGAGCGCGGGCCUGAUCAUCACGGAGGGCACGGCCGUAUCGGAGCAGGGCUUUGGCUGGUACGGCGCGCCCGCCGUGUACACGGACGAGCAGGAGGCCGGCUGA